GGGGAUGUGACUUCCAGAAAUCCUGGAGACUCGCAGGGACAGCCCACAGCAUGUGAGCAGCAGGGGAAGCCUGGAGUGGGAUCCCUGCCUGCCCACGCCUGGACUCGACACUGCUGGGGCCACAUCUUGCAGUAAGAGGAAGAGGAAAAGACAGUUCAGCCAGCACUGCUAAAAAUGGGAAGCAGCAUCUAUCCAGCAACCCGGGAAGGGGAGCUCCAGGGGCAUCCCCGGGAGUGCUGCUGCCGGAUGGACACAGCCCUGUGCCAGUGAGGGGUCAGGGCAGCGUGGCUCGGGGGGCUCUGGGGGCAGCAUGUUCUUCCAGAGCCGCAGGACCCAGCUGCUGCUGGUCAACUCGCUGACCUUCGGGCUGGAGGUGUGCCUGGCUGCAGGGAUCACCUACGUGCCACCGCUGCUGCUGGAGGUGGGCGUGGAGGAGAAGUUCAUGACCAUGGUUUUGGGGAUAGGACCGGUCCUUGGCUUGGUUUUUGUCCCUCUGAUCGGAUCUGCCAGCGACCACUGGCACAGCAGCUACGGCCGGAGGAGACCUUUCAUCUGGGUGCUUUGCCUGGGAGUGCUGCUGAGCCUCUUCGUGAUCCCCCACGCCAGCAGCCUGGCCAGCCUGUUUGCCCUCAACCCUCGCCCCCUGGAGAUCGCCUUCCUCAUCCUGGGCAUCGGGCUGCUGGAUUUCUGCGGCCAGGUGUGCUUCACUCCCCUGGAGGCCCUGCUCUCCGACCUCUUCCAGGAGCCAGACAACUGCCGCCAGGCCUUCUCCAUGUACGCCUUCAUGAUCAGCCUGGGGGGCUGCAUCGGGUACCUGCUGCCAGCCAUCGACUGGGGGGGCAGCUUCCUGGCCCCCUACCUGGGAGGGCAGGAGACCUGCCUCUUCAGCCUCCUCGCCGUCAUCUUCCUCGGCUGCGUGCUGGCCACGCUCUUCGUGACGGAGGAGGCGGCCGCCCAGGGGGACGCUCUGGAUGGCCCGGCGCUGAAGGACACGGCCCCGAAGCCCUCCCCUGCCCGCUGCUCCUGCCAGCUGUCCCGGGGCUCCUGCCUGCUGCAGGCCAGGCGGGCGCUGCAGGCCCUGAGGAACCUGUGCUCGCUGGUGCCGCGGCUGCACGGCCUCUACUGCCGCAUCCCCCGCGUCAUCCGCCGCCUCUUCGUGGCCGAGCUCUGCAGCUGGAUGGCCCUCAUGACUUUCAUGCUGUUCUACACCGACUUCGUCGGGGAAGGGCUGUACCACGGCGUGCCCAGGGCCAAGCCGGGCACGGAUGCCAGGCGGCACUACGAUGAAGGUGUGCGGAUGGGCAGCCUGGGCCUCUUCCUGCAGUGCAUCACCUCCAUCUUCUUCUCGACAAUCAUGGACCGGCUGGUGAAGCAGUUUGGCACGCGGGCAGUGUACCUGGCCAGCGUGGUCUUCUUCCCCGGGGCCGCCUUCGUCAUGUGCCUCUCCCACAGCGUCACCGUCGUCACCAUCUCCGCGGCCCUCACGGGCUUCACCUUCUCCGCGCUCCAGAUCCUGCCCUACACCCUGGCAUCCCUCUACCACCACGACAAACAGGUGUUUUUGCAUAAAUACAAGAGCAAAGAGGAGGAAGACGCAGCUCUACUGGACAAGAAAUCAGCCUUCUCUAAAGGCCUCCUCUCCAGCCAGAAGCUGCCUUACCAGAAUGGCCACACUGGGAGCCUCUUCUCCUCCUCCUCCUCGUCCUCCCCUUCCUCCCCUCCUGCCGCCCCCAGCUCCGCUCUCUGCGUCAGCUCCUCCUGCGACGUCUCGCUCAUGAUGAUGGUGGGGGAGCCGGACCCGGCGGCCCCGGGCAGGGGGAUCUGCCUGGACCUGGCCAUCCUGGACAGCGCCUUCCUGCUCUCUCAGGUCGUGCCCUCCCUCUUCAUGGGCUCCAUCGUGCAGUUCACGCAGUCGGUCACCGCCUACAUGGUGUCGGCCGCCGGCUUCGGCCUGGUCGCCAUUUACUUCGCCACCAAAGUCGUCUUUGACAAGAGCGACAUGGCCAAGUACUCUGUGUGACGUGGGGGGCCCUGCACGUGGUGAGAUGAGGGGUGUAGGUGCCCACAUGGCUGCUCGUCCUUGUGUGGCACCCGCUGUCCCCGAGCUGUCGCUGCGGCCCCGGGGGUGGUUCUGGGGCCGGGGGCAGGACGGGGCUAAUCUCAGGUGUAAAUAUGAGCCAUCAGGGCAUUGUGCUUGGGGCCAGCAGUGCUUUCCAGAGGUGCCUUUAUCAAAAGGGAGCACGGCACAGGCAGCACCAAAGCGGUUGUGGCAGGGAGAGGAAGGAACUGGACUUUCCCUCUAAUAACGGGUCGUGUCUGUGAGCAGGAGCAGCAGUUGGGUCCAAGGAGGGGAUAAAUCAUUGCCCCUCCUGUUCUCAGCUCCCAGCUGUAUCCUUCUCCCCCUGCCUGUUGUAGUUUUACCCAACUUCUUGAGCAAUACUUGGGCAAAUGGGACAGUGGGAGGAGAUUUCCUCGGGGAAAAAAAGCCCAGAUAGGUG